AUGGCCUUGACUGAUCCAAAUUUGGUGAUAGAUGCUAUGGAGAAGGUGAGACUCAUAAGGGAGAGGUUUAAAAUGGCCCAAAGUCAUCAAAAGUCUUAUUCUGAUGUAAGGAAGAGAGACCUUGAAUUUGAUGUGGAUGAUUGGGUUUAUUUGAAGGAUUUGUCAAUGAAAGGUGUAAUGUGUUUCGGUAAAAAUGGAAAAUUGAAUCCUAGGUAUGUUGGAAUUCAUAAGAUAUUGACAUAUAUUGAUAAGGUGGCAUAUGAGUUAGAUUUGCCGUUUGAGUUAGCUAUAGUUCAUCUAGUGUUUUAUGUGUUGCUGUUGAGAAAGUUUAUGGGUGAUCCAAAUUCCAUUGUGCCAUUGAAAGAUAUGAGUAUUGCGGAGAAUUUGUCUUAUGAAGAAGUUCCAGUGAAGAUUUUAGACCGGAAAGUAAAGAGGUUAAUAAACAAAGAGGUUGUGUCUGUUAAGGUAUUGUGGAGAAAUCGACAAGUAGAGAGUGCUACUUAG